UUUGACAAGGUGAUCGAGGUGGCUCCAGGAGAAGAUGUGGAAUCGAAGGCGAAGAUUCUGAAAGCAGUCAGCAGGAAUCUCAAAUUGGCCGACGACGUCGACCUUCGCAAUGUGGCAGAACAGUGUGAAGGUCGAUGGUCAGGAGCUGAGCUCUACUCUCUCAUGUCUACGGCUGCCAUGGAAUCUAUGCGAGAACAGGUGCGAGGAGCAUUCCACUACGUUUCUGUUUAG